AUGUCUGCUACCAAGGGUGUCAACGGCAACGGCAUUGCCAGCCGCACGCACUACAACGAGGGCAACUUCCUCUUCACCUCCGAGUCUGUUGGUGAGGGUCACCCCGACAAGAUCGCCGAUCAGGUCUCCGAUGCCAUCCUCGACGCCUGCCUGAGAGAGGACCCCCUCUCCAAGGUCGCUUGCGAGACCGCCACCAAGACCGGUAUGAUCAUGGUCUUCGGUGAGAUCACCACCAAGGCCAAGCUCGACUACCAGAAGGUCGUCCGUGACGCCGUCAAGGACAUCGGCUACGAUGACUCCGCCAAGGGUUUCGACUACAAGACCCUCAACCUGCUCGUCGCCAUUGAGCAGCAGUCCCCCGAUAUCGCCCAGGGUCUCCACUACGAGAAGGCCCUCGAGCAGCUCGGUGCCGGUGACCAGGGUAUCAUGUUCGGAUACGCCACCGACGAGACCCCUGAGCUCUUCCCCCUCACCCUCCUCUUCGCCCACAAGCUCAACGCUGCCAUGUCCGCUGCCCGCCGUGACGGCACCCUCCCCUGGCUCCGCCCCGACACCAAGACCCAGGUCACCAUCGAGUACAAGCACGACAACGGUGCUGUUGUUCCCCUGCGCGUCGAUACCGUUGUCGUCUCUGCCCAGCACGCUGAGGACAUCACCACCGAGCAGCUCCGCAAGGAGAUCAAGGAGAAUAUCAUCAAGAAGGUCAUCCCCGAGAAGUACCUUGACGACAAGACCGUCUACCACAUCCAACCCUCCGGCCUCUUCAUCAUUGGUGGCCCCCAGGGUGACGCCGGUUUGACCGGUCGCAAGAUCAUUGUCGACACCUACGGUGGCUGGGGUGCCCACGGUGGUGGUGCCUUCUCCGGCAAGGAUUUCUCCAAGGUCGAUCGCUCCGCUGCCUACGUCGGUCGCUGGAUCGCCAAGUCCCUGGUCAACGCCGGCCUCGCCCGCCGUGCCCUUGUCCAGCUCUCGUACGCCAUUGGUGUCGCUGAGCCCCUCUCCAUCUACGUCGACACCUACGGCACCUCCGACAAGACCUCCGACGAGCUCGUCAAGAUCAUCCGUGACAACUUUGACCUCCGCCCCGGUGUCAUUGUCCGCGAGCUCAGCCUGGACCGCCCCAUCUACCUCCAGACCGCCAAGAACGGUCACUUCGGUACCAACCAGACCUUCACCUGGGAGCAGCCUAAGACUCUCAAGUUCUAA